GUUUUCGAUUAAUCAAAACAGGGUCGUAACCAGGGUUGAAUUGUAAGAAAACACACUCAGUGUGUCUUACAUUGCACUAAACUUAAAUCUGUAUUUUACUGAUUGAUCAAACAGCAAAUUGACGAGAAGACUUUGUAUCAGAGAAAGCUCCUAGAAUAUCCCAUUCGAAACGAAGCAUCGGCUUAUGAAACAAAAAUCUCCAGUGUUAGAGCGCGCAUUCGCCUCAGUACGCCACUUGAAAAAAGUUUUUUUAUCUAUGUUUUUGUUGACAUUAACUUGUUCUCGCAGCCAAUUAAUUGAGUGAAAACACAUCGGAAAUCAGUGGAGAAAUUAUAAAAGUUCAAUGGCAACGUUAGAAAAGUUGGUACUGGACGCGAAACGAAUCUCAACACGAUUGAACGAUAAUGUGUUGGUUGGUGAUUCUCUCAUCAACGAAAUUGAAUUCAUCAAUGAACAGUUGAAGACAUUGAGAACUGUACACGACAAAUUCGAUCUGAAUGAAUUGUCUCGCAACAAAUCCAACCAGAAUCUUGCAAUUCAAAAGAAAUAUCCACACAUCCAAGAGAUCCAACAUGAGAACCGUGAAUUACGAGCUUGUUUACAAGACUAUCAACGAACCAUGGAGCAUGUGAUGACCAAAUAUCGCGAGCACACUCAGCAAAAAAUCCUGGACAGCAAAUUCACAUUCACAACGAAUGCGGUGACCGAGGACAAUUCCAAACAUGAACAGAUCAAUGAAAUGGUUGAGCUGAUGCGUAAAGCUGCAAGCAUUAAUGAAGAUAAGGAAUUUGCUGAAAUGGAAUUGAUCAAUAAGCUUUUCACUGAAAAUCAAGGACUUCGCGAAAUGCUUCGAAUAUCGAAAGAGUUUGGUUCACAAACGGCGGAAACGGAAAUUGACGAACGACCCGCGGGGAAUGAGUGCAAUGAUAAAGUCGAGAAGACUACAAUCGAAGAGAUCUAAAAUGUAAUUUAUAAUUUACGGGUUUUUUCAUUUUUGUUUUUGUUUUUUACAUUUAGAAAAGAAUAAAUUUCAAAUUUCAUCUGGCCA